UACAGGAGACACUCCAGUAAACACGGCCUGCUGGGGCCAGGGCUGGCGGGCGGCGCGCGCAGGGAGCGCGCGGCGCCGGCACCUCCUCCAAUACCUGUCGGAGCCUGCACGCGCCGGCCGCCCGGGCGCUCGGGGGCGGAGCGUGCCAACCCGCGCUCGGGGGCGGGCCUUGGCGUGGGCGGGGCCCUCCGUGAUUGGGCGCGGCCACCGAGCUUCCAGCCCGAGCCGAGCUGCUUGGCCCCGCAGGUUUCACUUCGCUUGGCGCAGCCUCCAGGUCUCCGGCUAGUCUGAGUUCUUGGUGCCGCGAGGCCGCCAACACCGCAGACUCCCGGUUUUCACGAGCCUCGGGUGCAUCCAGUCCCACAGCGAGCAGCAUCGCCGCGGAUUGCUCGGUUCGCCCCGCUCCCACCGCCACCGCCUCGGCGCCCUUCCCCUGGCCCGCGUCCCCCCAAUGUCUGACUCUGACUCUCGGACUGAGAAACGCAAGAAAAAAAGACCAAAUGGCAAAGCAACCUUCCGAUGUAAGUUCUGAGUGUGACAGAGAAGGGGGACAGUUGCAGCCUGCGGAGAGGCCCCCCCAGCUCAGGCCUGGGGCCCCGACCUCUCUCCAGACAGAGCCGCAAGGUAAUCACGAAGGAGGCGAAGGGGACCGCUGCCUGCAAGGCAGCCCUCAGGGCCCACUGGCCCCGUCAGCCAGCCCAGGCCCUUUUGCGACCAGAUCCCCGCUUUUCAUCUUCGUGAGAAGAUCUUCCCUGCUGUCUCGAUCCUCCAGUGGGUAUUUCUCUUUUGACACAGACAGGAGCCCGGCACCCAUGAGUUGUGACAAGUCAACGCAAACCCCAAGCCCUCCUUGCCAGGCCUUCAACCAUUAUCUGAGUGCAAUGGCUUCCAUGAGGCAGUCUCAGGCUGUACCUGCAGAUAUGCGCCCGGAGAUAUGGAUUGCACAAGAGUUGCGGCGUAUUGGAGACGAGUUUAAUGCUUAUUACCCACGGAGGGUCUUUCUGAAUAAUUACCAAGCAGCUGAGGCCCAUCCCCACAUGGUUCUCUUACGACUAUUGCGUUACAUCAUCCGCCUGGUGCGGAGAAUGCAGUGACGGAGGACUUCCUGCAGAGACACGAUGGGUGCAGACACUUCGCUUGUUCACACCUCUGAGCCCCUGCAAGGUUCUCUCCGUGCGGUGCUGCCUGUCCAGAGAGGAGAAAGCAGGGCAGCGAGUGGCCGCCAGCUCCCCCGCAGACUCGCAGCUGCAUGUGGACCUGGCCACAUGCUCAUCACCACCCGGCAGGAUUUUGGAUGGAAGCUUGUUGUGAAUGUAAAUGAGGGAAGGAUUUAAAAAAAAAAAUGUACAAACCAUGGUUCUUUGGAGUAGGAUUUUAUGCAAGAGUGGUGUUUACAUGCAGUGUGGGUUUUUCUUUUUUUUUUUUUCCAACCUCCUUUAAUAACAGGUUUUUCAGAAAGGAAAUGGAAACUUUUUAAACCAACUUGUGAAUGAUUUUUGUACUAAAAUUUUUAAAGAACCUGUUGCCUACUCUCAGAGGAUGAUGUAAACUCUGUAGUGAAAACUGAGCCAGCUAACUUAUAAAGCUGCCUUGGUUGAUUUUUAGGAAUUACUGUACAGAUUUUUUAAA